CAACAGAUUGAUCAUUAUUUAGUGCUGCGCACCAUGAAUACACUCAAACGAUUUACGUUUCUAAAUAAGGCGGUGAGAUCAGUGGAAGUUUACAGCAAGAGGCAGUUCGCUAUAGACCAUAACAAAAAUUACGAGAUCGCUUCGAAGUCUUCCGAAGUUACUCAGACGGACCAAGAGAAGACUCGAUGGAGGUCGAGAACAGAAAUCAAACGAACCCAGGAGUAUGCGAAGGCUACUUUCAUAAAGUACUUAAGGUGCGAUUGGGAGUGUAUGGGCGGUAUGGCCAAAUUGGCCGGACAGAAGAAAAAGACGGAGGUAGCUAUUUUUGAAUUCAUCGAGAUGAAGGACGAGAAAAAUAUGUCAGAUGACCAGAAGAAAAUAGCUACGGUGUAUCAACAAACAUUGCGUGAAAGUUCAGUAGAAACUUGGGACUUUUCGUCGGAUGCAGGCAUGUAUAUAAAUUUUUUGCAUCAACAUUCGCAUGCGCGUCCCAAAGUUUAUUACAGUAACUCAGAAUACGCAGAGCUGGUCGAGCUGACCUUUCACGAAAGUCCAGAUUGA